AUUAAAAAAAAUUAGUGCAAAAAUCCUGAGACACCAUGGAAGGUACUGGCCCAAUAGUUUAACUUAAUAUCCAGAAUCUGUAACCGAGUUAUCAAGUUCCUCGACUCAAAUCGUACGGCUUCCUUCUUCGACAAUGAGCUGGAACGGCAACAACUUUAAGAAGAGCUGAACUCCUGAUUAAAAUCUCACCAUCUUUAAUCAAUCGAUAGAGCACAGAGUCGAGGUUGCUCUGGGUUACAAGCUUUCGCUCAGCCAAGUCGAGGUUGAAUAUGGAUUUAUGGUGGAGAAGAGAAUGAUUAUGUAUGGGUUUAUGGUUUUUUGUUUGUGAUAUUUGGGAAAGAUACACAGGGAGGCGGAAGGAGGAUGGUGAAAUUAAGAGAUUGGUAUUUAGGUUUAGGGUUCUAUAUGCUCACACUUCCCUAACCUAAGAUAAUACACUGUGGUGUUGGAUAGAAAUCUAUAAAUUCUGCAAAACAAUUGCUAUGUCUUUCAUGACUAUAAAAAUUUUUAACUAAUCAUUAGCUUGCUUGCUCUGCUACUGCUACAUUAAAAUUGUACCAGCUCAUUAGUCAUUACACUUUCAACAAAGCAUGUUACUUAUUACUCUCAUGAUCCAUUGACUGAUCAGCCGAAGAAAGCUUUGUGCGGCAUUGCUAGUCUACCAUCUCCAAUCGGUACUCUAGACCCACAGCCACAUUGUUAUAGGAUUCGACUUGGUUGAUGUUUUGCGUGUAGAAGGUGUUGUCUUGUCACCACUGGCAUCGUCAACCUAAAGAUCCUAGUUAUAAAUUUUGGGGUGGUUCUGUCAAUAUUUUUCUUUAGUUUAGAAGAACCUCAAACUUGUUCUAGUCUAUAAUGGCUGAGUUAAGAAAAACUUCUGAGUCAGUGGAAGAGAAACCUAAAUCAGACAUGGAACCAUCUUCAAAAAGGGGCAGGGGAUUGAUAAUCGAAGGGUACCCAGUUGAGGGUUUGUCCAUUGGAGGGCAUGAAACUUGCAUAAUCUUUCCAACUCUCAAGUUGGCCUUCGAUAUUGGACGAUGUCCUCAACGUGCCAUCUCUCAGGACUUCGUCUUCAUUUCCCAUGCUCAUAUGGACCACAUUGGAGGAUUGCCCAUGUAUGUUGCAACUCGUGGAUUGUACAGUAUGAAGCCUCCAACAAUUUUUGUACCAAAAUGUAUAAAAGAAGAUGUUGAACAACUGUUCAAUAUUCACAGAAAAAUGGAUCAAUCAGAGCUAAAACAUAAUCUAAUUGGGCUGGAUGUUGCAGGAGAAGAGGUAAAUGUAAGAAGGGAUCUUAGAGUAAGGGCUUUUAGGACAUACCAUGGGAUACCGAGCCAGGGUUAUAUAGUUUACUCUUUGAAGCAGAAACUUAAAAAGGAGCAUGUUGGCCUUUCAGCUAAUGAAAUUAAAACCUUGAAAUCAUCAGGUGUGGAGAUCACAAACACAGUGAGGGAACCUCUAGUUGCUUUUACAGGAGACACCACAUCUGACUUCAUUGUUGACGACAACAAUGUAGAUGUUUUAAAAGCAAGGAUUCUUGUCAUGGAGAGCACCUUCAUUGAUGAUUCAGUUUCAGUAGCACAUGCUAGAGAUUAUGGACAUACUCAUUUGGCUGAGAUAAUAAGUCACGCAGAAAAAUUUGAGAAUAAAGCAAUUCUUCUUAUACACUUUUCAGCUCGUUAUAUGGUGAAGGAAAUUGAACAAGCGGUGUCUGCAUUGCCUGCACCUUUAGCAGGUCGGGUUUUUGCACUUACGGAAGGCAUCUAACAAUUGUCAUGGGAGGAGCCUUCUGUUAUUUAUAUAUUCAUUCUGGAGGCACCGCCCUCGGUCUUUCUUUUUUGUGGGAAGUUUGAGGCCUUCUAUUCUGCUUGCUAAACACAAAGAAAAUGCCUUAAGAAGUCUGUUUGGAGGAGAUAUUGCAGCAAAAUAGUCAUAUUAUACGAACACAACCAACUCCAAACAUAACGAGUUUUGGAGCUUUGUCUGUUAUAGUUGUUGAACGGUCAUUUUGUAAAUUAAACAUGAUCUGUUAAAAAUUGCACUUUUCCUUUCACUUU